AUGUCUGCAGGGCCAUUGUGCCUUGGCGCCCUGCAGGCCUUUGCAGUUCCAUGUGAUCUGGUGGACAUUGGGGCAAACCUGGGAAAAUGCUCGGAGCAAGAUCUGGCGGCGCAACUGGUGCGAGCUGCAGCUGCCAAAGUGAAUCACGUGAUCCUCACCGGCUGCAGCGUGAAGGGCUCGCGGGAUGCGCGGCGCAUUUGCGAGCAGUGGACUGGGGGUGAAGCUUGGGAGAAGAUCAUGAAGUGUGUGGGAGCGGCUGCGCGCCAUGAGAUCGAGGGCACGAGCUUGGAUCGCUUGCCUCAGCUGAAUUUCACGGCGGGUGUUCACCCCCACGACGCGAAGAGCUGCGAUUCCAACACCAUGGCGGUGCUGAGAGAAUUGGCAGCUGCACCUGGAUGCGUAUCCAUUGGGGAGUGCGGUUUAGACUACGACCGCAUGUUUUCUCCGCGAGAGGUUCAGUUGGAGUGGUGCCGGAAACAGGUGGACUUGGCAGUGGAGCUGGGCAUGCCUUUGUUCCUCCAUGAGAGGGACAGGGAUUCCAACAAGGGCAGGCCCUUGGGAUCCUCAGUGGAUCUCCGGCGCAUUCUGUCAGAAAGCAAGGUUGACCCAAAGAAGGUCUGCAUACACUGCUUCACUGGCAAUGGAGAAGACUUGCGGCAAUAUGUGUCCGCAGGCUACUUCAUUGGACUGACCGGCUUUGCUGGUAUGAAGAAACGUGGGGCACACAUUCGUCAGUUGCUGGAGCAGGGGGCGUUGCCACUACAACAGCUGAUGAUCGAGACAGAUUGUCCAUUCAUGCUACCCGACAAGGAGUACUUACCAGAUAAACUGGGAAUUGCUGGGCGCAAGAAUGAGCCCUGCAGCAUGCCAGCCGUUUGCCGUGCCAUUGCCGAGUGUCUCAAGGCACCCCUGCAUACAUUGGGAUGUAUUUGGCUCAAUCGUGAGAAUGCCACGAGCAUGGAUUUCUCCCCAGUGCCGUUGCUGGAUGUCCUACCGCACCAUCGGGUUCUUGACAUCACAGGUUCUUCCUGCAAGGACUUGGCACUAGCUUUGCACGAAAGGCUCUUGACCAAAGAGGAUGGUGCCAGGUCCUCGAGUGGAAAGGUCUGGGCGGCCCAGCCCUGGCAGGUGCCACAAGGUCUUCUCUUCGCCAAUGCCGCUCGGCCGGAAGAUCUGGAGCCGCUCAUGGCCACGGUGCCAGAGAAGCUCCGAGGCCCAGUCGUGUUCACCGUGUCGCCACCGCAGAGCUUCCCGCAGAUCUACAUGGCUUCCAGUCGUGUUCUCCCCUGUGUGGUGCAGUUCGAUCGGGUUUUGUGCAGAGUGAGUUCCAGCCAUGACUCGGAGAAGCUUCAGGCUUGGCAUAUGCACCCCCUGCAGCUGAAGAUCUUGCGCCGGGGCCUGCGGUUUUUGGCGCCCGGUGGCCGGCUUUUGUACAUGACCAGCUCCGAGAAUGCCAUGGAGAAUGAGGUCGUCGCGGCGGCCUUGACCUCACAGCCGAAUAUCCGGCUUGUGCAAGUAGCAUGGCCUCUGCAUGCAGGCUGGUCCUCCCUGGAUGCGAUGCAGGCUUGGCCAGUCCUCAAUCCGAACAAGUUGGGUUUGGCAUUUAACUGUUGGGAAGAAGUUCCUCGGCAGAUGCGAGGGGGCAAAAUCUUGCAGACCAUGUUUCCACCGGGCCAGACACAGGCAGAAGUGACUUCGCAGUUGAGCCGCUGCUUGCGCGCCAAGCGCCUCGAUGAAGCUCUUUUCGUCGCUCUCUUUGACAAGGUCGCGGAUGAAGCGUUUGCGUCCGAUUCGGAAGGCCCGGACAGCGCAACGCUUGAUGGCUUCAAGCGUGGGUCAAACGUUGUAGUCAGAGCCACCGGUGACCCUGCGAUUGUGGUGGGUCCCGGCCAGAAAGCUUUCAAAGGUUUGAUCAAAAUCCGAUACCCAGACCGGACCACUUACCAUGUGGAGUUGGGGGACAUAGAAGAUGCAAGCCACCGGCUCAGUCAACUUCUUCGACUGAAGCUGGGAAUCUCCGGUCUUCUCCUCCUGGCCUUUCGGCGUGUCCUCCAGCGGAUCAUCCUCCAACGUCCACGACUUCUCUUGCUCAGCCUCCUCGUCUCCCUGCUGGGCUGGCGCCUUCACCUGCGCCGUAGACAGACACCGGGACCGAUGGUGACCUCCAGGGUCAGCGCUUCAGCGUCCAGGUUAGUGAAGCGCUGUGCGAAGAUCCCGGAGGCGGUGCUCAGCUUCGCCGAGUUUUAUGGCUUGGAGCUGCCCCACGACGAUCUGCCAGCUUGCUCCGGAGUGGGCCAAGUGGAGUUUCCAUACCGAAGUUUGGGCUACAGGACUGCUGACAAGCAGAACCUAUAUUUGGUAUCUCCCAGUGUUUUCGAUGUACGCGUGCCUGAGCAGUUGCGCCACAGCAUGUGCGGAGCUCCUUUUUUGCAGCGCUGCAUCAGCAGUGAGGAAGUGAAGCGCUGGGGUUGCUCACUGAGGCCAACGGCUGCUGCAGCAGAGUUCUUGAGUCAGUGCUGCUUGCGACAAAGAUUGGUGAUUGAACCCAGGCAGUUGCACAGCUUGCUGGAGAAUGGUCAGAUAAAGUUGAAUUUGCAUCACUCUGAGCUGCUGGACGGCGGAGUGAUUCUGGUACAGGAGAAUGACGAAGGGUUGCUGCGUGGUAUUCCUGGAGUUUUUCAAGCUGGUUUCGUUCACCUCAGUUGA